UCUCUCUCUCCAACCCUCUUUUCCCCUCCAAAUGGAGCCCCCACCACUUUCUGCUCCACCCAUCGCCACCGGAGCACCAACAGCUCCUCCACAAACUACCACCGUCACUAGCUAUGCCGAUUCAGUUGAGUCCUCUCCUCGCUCCCGAAACACAGACUCCUGGGAUGAACCCCCAUAUGGCCCCACAGCCACUACGAACACCAACACCACUGCCGCUCAUCCCACAUCCACCGCAACCGCCGCCGCAAAGCUCCGGUUCAUGUGUAGCUACGGCGGACACAUAGUUCCCCGCCCACACGACAAGUCACUCUGCUAUGUCGGCGGCGAUACCCGAAUCAUCCUCGUCGACAGGCAAACCACCCUCUCCGACCUCUGCCUCCGCCUAUCUAAAACCCUCCUCUCCGGGAAAUCAUUUUCGCUCAAGUACCAACUCCCAAAUGAAGACCUCGACUCCCUCAUCUCCGUCACAACCGAUGAAGACCUCGAGAACAUGGUGGAUGAAUACGACCGCCUCAAUUCUUCCGCCAAUCCGGCUUCCAAAACCUCCCGUCUUCGUCUGUUCAUAUUUCCGUGCAAUUUAGACUCAGAAACGUCGUCCUCCAUUGAAUCCCUACUGGAAAAUAGUUCGAAAUCGAACGAGUGGUUUUUCAAUGCUCUAAAUUGGAAUACCACCGCAUCGUGUAAAGUACGCGGAUUCUCCGAAACCUCGUCGGUUAAUUGUUUGCUGGGUUUGGAUGAUGCCGCUGCAAGCGUGGAAAAUCAUUCAGCUGUCAAAGAUGUAGGUGACGCCCAGCUGGAUGCAUCGUUGAGUGGCAAAAGUGAAGGUGGGAGAAGUGGAAAAGGAAUUAAUAAUAAUAAUAACAAUAAUUUAACCAGUAAUGUUACUAAUAAUAGUAAUGUUGGGCAAGAUGUGCACUCGGUGCCGGAUUCUCCGAUGCUGGAAACGUCGUCGUCUUUUGGGUCGACGUCGUCGUCGCCGUCGAUGGCGAAUUUGCCGCCGAUAAAGGUUCACUCGGAGGAGGGGAUUAAUCAAAAAGGGGUGGUGGGGUUGGGAAUUGAGGAGCAGUUUUCUCAAUUGAAUGUUGGGGUUGGGUUGAAUAAUGUCCAGAAGCAGGAGGAAGGGGGUUUUGUGGCGGGGGUGGCGACUGUGCCUCCGGCGGUGGCUGCGCCGGGAACGGUGCUUUCCGGAUUGCCGGUAAUGGUUGGUGGAGAGUAUCCCAACAGGGUUAUUUCGGACGAUGAGAGAUCGGAGCAGGGCGUGCCUGUUGGGUUCAGAAAGGCACCUCAGGUACAACAAUACCAGCAGCAAGUACCUCAGUUACAGCCGCAGCCGCAGACUACCCAGUUUCAACAGAGUAAAGCAAUUGGUGUUGUUGAUUUGCCUUCACCGGAUUCAGUCUCAAGUGAUGGUAGCGUUACAAAUCCAUUGUCUCGGCAGAAGCCAAUGAUGCAUCAUGAACCGAUGGUACAAAUUCAACCUGGAAAUGGUAGAAAUCCAUGUAAUCAGAUUGAUCUUAAAGCUGGUGAUUUCAAUGGCAGAGUUCCGAUGCCACAGCAUUUACAGGACUCUGGUUAUGUAUUGCAAAGUCAAUUUGAUCAAUAUCAACAAUUGCAUCAACAGCAGCAAUUUGUUCCUACCAGUAAUCAAUACAUGCACCAUCAUCCUGGGGCAGUGCCAAUGUAUUAUUACUCCAUUUACCCUCCUCAGCAGUUAGGUCAUACUCCUGGAUUGGAGCAUCAGUACCCAUUACAUUUCAUGCCUUCUAGACAACCCCAAGCUUAUAAUUUGCCUCUGCAGCAACCAAGCUAUAGUGAGCCUACACCUAGCGCCCCUUCUAGCCGACCCCAAACACCUCCUGCUGCUAUGGUGCCUCCAACUGCUUUCAACCCUGCUUCAAAUGCUACUACUGCUUCUAAACCUGAAAUGACUGCAGGUGUGUACAGAACACCUGCUCCUGCUGCACCACAUAUGGUACAGGUCCCUUCCAGCCAAACUCCACAAUAUGCUGGCUAUUCUCAGAUUCAUCAUCCUUCACAAUCAAUUGCACCUUCUUCAGCUGCCACUGGCAAUUAUUCUUAUGAAUUUGCUGAUCCUACGCAUGCACAAAUAUAUUAUACUCAGCCUCUGGCUCCCCAGCUGGCUUCUGCCCAGUAUCAAACGAUGACAUCAGCCGCUCAAGUGAAGUUUUCUGAAGCUUCUGCGCAGCUACCCACAGAGAGCAUCAAACAACAAGUUAGAACAACUCAGCCGUGAUAGGUGAGUUGGGCGUGGAGGAACAAUUUUGCAGUGACGGGAUUGGUUUAUCAGGACAUCUUUUUCAAUUAUAGUUUGCUUGUCAAUUUAUUGGUUGUGGUUUGUAUUUGUGAUAGUUGAUAUGAAACUCCUGAUUUAUUUUUUUCUUAAUUUUCUUGGAUGCUGUUUGUUCUUGUCGAUAAAGAUGGAAGUGAUCAGAAAUUUAUACUGUAAAAGCUCAAACUCCUACAUUGCUGUUCAGUCUAUAUAUAAUUAAAGAAUAAAUUGUAAGAUAUGGAUUGGCAGAUUUUUUUGAGAUGUUUGUUGUAAAUAUUGAUGAUUAUAGAUACU